UCAACACCUCGUCCAUUGACGAUGAUGAGGUCACCAUCCCCGGUUCACGUCCACUGGCGCGUGCCUGCAGCGUGCGCAGGCUGUCGAUGGUUCAUACGCAUGGAGGACUCUGCUCUUGUCUAUCUCUCAUCAUUCCGUCAUUCUUCAUAACAGCAUUUAGAAGUAUAUAUUCCUCAAACCCACCUGGCUGCUCUUGAUCCAAUCGAGUCUCAUAUCUAGCACGAAUCUACGCUUCUCAUCACCGUGAUCGGACUCUCUGCCAAUAUCCACCAUAGCUUUCCAACGCCCCAUUGUUCGUUUGCAAGGUCUCGCACGUACAAUCCAACGUACGAUGGCAAGCACCUCCCAUACCGACACGCCCAAGGAGGCGCCAUGGCGUGCAACUUUCCUCGAGCAUGUCAACAGCAUGGACAGUCCGGAAUUCGUCUUUGCAUCGUUAGCACCGGCCACUUCCUCAUCCAGCCCAACGCCAUAUGUACCGCGAGCUAGAUUCUGUAUCUUCCGUGGUCUUUGGGCCGAGCUCCCGGAGAACAAGCACAAUAAUGCACCCAAGAACGAGCGUGUCUACCAGAGUGAUAUGCCUACCUUCACAACAGAUGUACGCAUGCAAAAAGUGUGGGAGCUUUUUGCGAGCUCGCCCGGGAAGGCGGAGGAUGUGAGCCAGGUACGGGGUAGUGGCGGUGGUGGUCCUUGCGAGGCGGUCUGGUGGAACAAGGAGACCAAGAUUCAAUGGCGAGUGAAGGGUGAAGCGUACAUCGUAGGCCCAGACAUUGAAGGAGAAGGUGAGCAGAGCAAGGAGAGCAGUGGUGUGCGGACCACGAAGAGCGAACUCGGGUCGCGCAUGCGUAUCGUCAAGGAAGACGGCACGGACAAAUGGUCAUGGAAGACGGAACUGACGAGUCAUUUUGGCAACGUCUCUCCUGGCAUGCGAGGCUCAUUCGCAAACCCACCACCAGGCAAGCCCGUUGACGAGCCCUUCGAGGGCGACCUCAAGGUGGGCGAGAAAGUCGAAGAUCUUGACGAUGCCACUGCACGGCAAAACUUCCGGGUGGUCGUCAUCAAGCCUGAGGAGGUCGAAUCCGUUGACCUCAGCGAUCCGAAGACGUCUCGCCGCCAGCUGUACAAGUACGACUCGAACACAUCUUCUUGGUCGCAGCAAGAGCUUUGGCCGUGAAGGAGUCGGGUCUUGAACUUAUCUGUAUUGCAUACUUUUGCCGUAGACACAAUGUGCUUGCCAUUGUUCAAACGUGACGGAAUAUUUUCCGGCUUGCUCGCUUGGUGACACUUCAGAGAAACACGAGGCCAACUUGGGUCAUCGACGACGCAGUACAAGUUCAUGUACCUAGGUAGUCGUGGUUCAGGACGAGCUUGGAUCAUUCCCCUUUGUAUCAGGUGAUUAUGCUCGCAACCACACGCCUUGCACCACUAGGAUUACAUGAGGCCAAAAUAGUAUUGUCCAGAUAGCGAACAUCAG